AUGAACCUGCGGCGUAAGCGCGAGGCGGGCGGCGAGGACGACGGCGGCGGCGGCGAGGGCGGCGGCGGCGGCGGGGGUGGGGAAGGCGACCUGGAGCACAGAACGGCCUGGGCCCUGGGCCUGGGGCUGGGCGCGAGCCGUGGUGACCUGGAGGCGACAAUCAACGCUGGCCGACGACUUGGAGCCGUCCGCGCUGACGACGGCUGCCCGACUUCGACCCCAGCGUGGUUGCUGCCCAUCGGCAUGUACUGCCACAUCGUGGACAGCCUGGAGACCGGCUGUCUGGCCAGCAGCGUCCUCGAGCUGUGGAAGUACAACGCCACCGAAGUGGCCGGCCUCACCAAGGCGCAGAUCCUGAACGCCCUCAACACCACCAUCGGGCCCGUGCUGGGCCACCCCACCGACUUCCGCCGGCUGCUGGGCGCCGUGCGGCGCGACGCGCGCGGUCACGUGGUCAGCGCCGGCGCCGUGCUCUCGCUCUACAUGCUGCGCGUCAACUUCUCGGCCGUCAACAUGGACGAGAGCGGCAACGAGGCGGGCACCGCCGACUGGGCCACGGGCGCCGUGCUGGCCUGGGAGAAGAGCUUCCUGGAGGUGAUGGAGCGAGCCGCCGCCGACGUGCAGGGCAUGAAGGUGUACUACGAGGCCGGCCGCAGUUACGGCGACAUCAGUGCGGCGGCCAUGUUCCAAGACAUGGACAAGCUGGCCAUCGGCAUCGUGCUCAUGUUCGUCUACGUGCAAGUCAUUCUCUCCAACUUCAACAUGGUGGAAUUCCGGUUCCUGCUGGCCAACGUGGGGCUGGUGUGCGUGGGGCUGGCGUUCGUGGUGGCCGUGGGGCUGUGCUCGCUCAUGGGCAUCUCGUACGGGCCCGUGCACACGGCGCUGCCCUUCCUGCUGCUGGGCAUCGGCGUGGACGACAUGUUCGUCAUCAUGGCGUGCUGGCGCAACCUGACGCCCGCGGAGCGCCAGCUGCGCCUGGCCGAGCGCAUGGGCCGCACGCUGCAGCACGCGGGCCCCUCCAUCACCAUCACCUCGCUCACCGACGUCGUCGCCUUCCUCGUCGGCGCCUCCACGAUCCUGCCGUCGCUGCAGUCGUUCUGCCUGUACGCGGCCAUGGGCGUCCUCAUCACCUACAUUUUCCAAGCCACUCUGUUCGUGGCCUUCUUCGUGCUGGACGAGCGGCGCGUGCAGAACGCGCGCAACGGGCUGCUGUUCUGCGUGCGCCAUCGCGACUACAAACCCAACGCCUGCAGCCAGGUCAACUACUCCAAGAAGAUAUUCCACAAGGUGUACGCCAAUGGCAUCCUCACUCUUCCAGGACAGAUUUUAGUUAUUUUAAUCACCAUUGGCUUUACUGCCAUUAGCAUUAAAGGAAAUUUUGAACUGAAGCAGAAGUUUGACCCAAUAUGGUUCCUGUCAGAAAAAACACAUUUAUAUCAGUUCAUUAAAGAGAGAUCAUACUAUUAUCCUGAUAUGGGACAAGAUGCUGGAGUUUAUUUUGGAAGUCUGAACUACUCUGCUGAACUCCCUAAAAUACGAAAUUUAAUUGCUGAAUUCAAAAAUCAAACUGAUAUAUUAAAAGAUGUUGAAGAUUGGUAUGGAGGUUUUGAAGUGUAUGUCAACAAGAAUUUUAAUAUUCGUUUACCAGAAGAGAAUUUGACAAAAGCCGAUUUUCAUUAUCUACUCUCUAGAUACUUGUUUAGUCCAAGUGGAGCAAGUUUUCAAAAGAAUUUCCGAUUCAAUGGGACCCUAAAGUGUGGAGAACCAGCUCCUCCUAUCACAGUGUCCAGUUUUGACUUCAAAUUCAAACUGUUUCAUGGACCUGAGGAGAGCUUACCUGCUAUGAACAGAGUGAAACAUCUUGUUAAGAAAGCAAACUUUACCACUGGAGAUCGUUUUGCUACUGUUUGGGGGAAAAUAUUUGCAAAUUGGGUGACAGAUGAAGUCAUUGACACCGAAUUAUACCGAAAUUUAAUUUUGGCAUGUGUAUGUGUCAUGAUAUGCACAGUUGUACUUAUUGUGAACUUGGUGACCUGUUUCUUUGUAUUUGUUUGUGUAAUGUUAACACUGGUGAAUGUUUCUGGUAUGAUGUAUUUUUGGGGUCUCACUAUUGACAUAGUGUCGUGUAUUGGAUUGGAAUUGGCAGCUGGUCUAUGUGUGGACUAUGCAGCUCACAUUGGACACACAUUCCUCACUUGUUCAGGCACACGAAGAGAAAGAGCACUGAAGACUGUAGUGGACAUUGGUCCUGCUAUUCUCAGUGGAGGUGUUGCCACACUUUUAGCCCUUGCUGUCCUAGCAAAUUCAGAAUCUUACAUUUUUGUAUCAUUCUUUAAGAUUUUCUUACUUGUGGUAUUAUUUGGCCUGUUCCAUGGUGUAGUGUUCUUACCAGUUGUUCUUAGUUUUAUUGGUCCAGCUCCAUACCAGAGCUCUUGUAAUUUAGAUGUUCAACUUCAAGCCAACAAGCUUUAUGACUUGUGUGACCAAAUAAAAGAUGGGAAAGAGAAAACUCCUUCUUUUGAAGAGCCAAGUUGACCACACCGAGAAAAUAGCUUCAGAGAAAGACAUACGUGUCACGAGAGAACUCCAGUAUAGUGAAUAUUAUUGGUAUGCCUCAGUGCUAUUCUGUUACAGAAUUGGAGACUUUUGAUCACGUUUGUGAAAGGAACUUAUUAUAACAUUACCUUGUUCAUAAAAAUCUCAAAUGGUUUGAAUACUCAGUGAAUUGUUUGACUUAAGCAGAAGAAGAUGAAAGUUUAUUUUGGUUUGUUUCAAUGAAAGCUUGCAGUUUCUUCUGACCUUUAUGUUUAACUCCAACUUUUAUGUUAAGCCAGUUGGACCUAAAGUAAAUUAAUUUAAAAAAAUAAUUUAAUAUGCUAAGAAAAUACUCAGUUUUUACAAAUAUUAAUAGAUUUUCAAAAGUGCUUCUGAUCAAGUCUAACAGGCUUGCAAAAUAACCGUGAGUCAAUCAAAGAUAGCAUUGAUCAGCUUAAAAGAAAUAAUAACUCUCGAGAGAAUUUGCAAAUAAAAUAAACAAAGUAAGCAAAUGGUUACAAAUAUUUGUCAGGAAAUGUGUACGAUUUAGAAAACUUGCAUAUUCUCUCAUCAAUAGGCUAUACAUUGUGUGUUUCUGAAGAACUUUGUAUGUUCUAGUUUUACAAACUUCUCCAAUUACAUUUUUUAUUAAUUUGAUGAAUUUUUUUCUGGAUUUUCAUGAGACUGUACUGCUGAUUUUUUUCUGAACUGCUAGGACAACACUGUUCAGGAAAAAUAUUAAAACUAGUUCAGUCAUAGUGGCUUUAAAAACAGUCUCAAUCUCAGUGUCAAAAUACAUGAAUUUGUCAGGAACAUCUAACAAGAGAAUUGUUGGAUUUUCUAAAUGUUGUUAAUGUUGCUUAUUUUAGAAUUUCAAUAUAAAUUAUGAAAAUCAAUUAUAAUUUUUUUAAAUUGUUUCCAAGGUAUAUAACCUUUGGCUGUCCAUUUGACACUGCAUCAUACUUGUUGGUCACUAUUCCCAGCAAUAAUAAGCAUAUGAUACUAUGUGACUGAGACGGCCAAUGUGUGAUUCCAGCUGCAGAAGCCUAUAACUUCAUAUGAUAUCAUCUGAUUUAUUCUAAAGAUCUUUGAUGCAGAUUUCAUACCCCAGCAUUUCUUGUUAGUGAAACAGUUGGUGAUACAUUUGAAUCAUAUAAUUAAACUCUCCAUUGCCUUCUUGUAUUACUUAAUGUUUCGUGAUUAAAGCAUGCAUAUAUCUCUUAAAAUACAUUCAGCCACAGAAUAUUCUUGUAUACACAAAAUAUUCUUGUACAAAUACUUGUACUAAGUUAGGUAUAAUGUGGUCAAAUGCAGUUUACUCUGUUCUUUAUAAUCCUGAUUAUUAUGUUCGUAUGAACUAAUAAUUCAAGACAUUAUAGUUUUCUUUCUCUCCUUGGUUCUCAUUGUUAACUAUACUGAUUGAAGAACUUCUGUAAUUGGUAUGCUUUGGAGUCGGUUAACAGUUAACAUUUCACGUUAACAUUUGACGAUGUUUACAGUGUUCUUUAUAAUGUUUGAUCAGUUAAUCCAGGUUCCUUAGUUGUGCAUGAAACAUGAAUAGCCAAGAUUUCUUUAAGGAGAGCAUGACUUUCACCCACUCUCAUACUAUUCCAUCUUACUCUAUGAGAAUUAAAAGUAUGUAUAAUAUUUGGAGUGACUCACAAAACCCUGAUGCUGCUGGUAAUGUUUUCUUAUUGUUGGAAAAUUACAGGGGUGUAGUGCCUCUGUGAACCAAUAUGGGGGUCAUCCAUAAAUUACAUAACACAAAUUUUGAGCAUUUUUGAAUACCCUCUCUCAUAUCUGUAACAUAUGCUUGACCCCAACAAAUAAUUAUGUAUGCGUGUGACAACACCUCCCCCAUUUACAGGAAGUAAAAAUAAAUAGUAUAAUAGUAAAAACAAUUUCUUUUAAUUUUAUUUGUUAUAUAUUAAAAUUUAUGACAGUUUAAUCCAGAAUUAUUUGGCAAUACUGACUACAUCUCACCAUAAGAUUGGGGACAAUUUUUAAUUGAAGGAAGAAUGCAUAGGUGAGAAAAUUUCUAACAAGCCUUGCAUCCACCGUGGAUGACACAUGGGCAAGUGUCAAUAGCACCAAUUUAUUAGAAUUCUAGAUUAUACUAUAGAGCAGUUUUGAAUAUGUUCUUAGUAAUCUAAUAGAUUC